CAGGUGGCGCUGUCGCUGUGGAAAGAUGCGAUCAGCGAGGAGCGGAGGCUUUUCCUUAAUUGCUCAUUUCAGUAACAGAGGCUAAGCAACCCGAAACCAAACAUCUGUGGUCUCUCCUGUUAAAACGUCAAGCUCCGUAAAUACACCACAGCGUUUACCCAAGAAAUGCCCAUGUUUUAAGGAGACAGCACAAAUUCUACCCGGCGGUUUUGGCUCGAGUGCUCCAGUAUGUCCAAGCGGCGCUCGUCGGAGAGGGGGGCUGGAGAGACAUCAGGCAGGGCCAGCAAGCUGCAAUGUCCUGGGAUAUCUGGCAGUAAUGCCAAGAGAGCCGGUCCCUUCAUCCUUGGGCCUCGUCUGGGCAACUCACCAGUUCCGAGCAUAGUGCAGUGUCUGGCCAGGAAAGAUGGCACCGACGACUUCUAUCAGCUCAAAAUUCUGACACUGGAGGAGCGAGUGGACUCUGCUGGGGAGACUCAGGAGGAGAGGCAGGGGAAGAUGCUGCUGCACACAGAAUAUUCUCUUCUCUCUCUGCUGCACAACCAGGAUGGGGUGGUCCACCAUCACGGCCUCUUCCAGGAUCGAGCCUAUGAAAUAGUGGAGGACAUGGAGGCCAACAAAGUGCGCAAGAUGAAGAAGCGGAUUUGCCUUGUGUUGGACUGCCUAUGUGCUCACGAUUUCAGUGACAAGACAGUUGAUCUAAUAAACCUGCAGCAUUAUGUCAUAAAGGAGAAGCGUCUAAGCGAGCGGGAGGCCAUUGUCAUCUUCUAUGAUGUGGUGCGUGUGGUGGAGGCCCUCCAUAAGAAAAACAUUGUGCACAGAGACCUGAAGCUGGGAAACAUGGUGCUGAACAAACGGACUCAUCGCAUCACCAUUACAAACUUCUGCCUGGGAAAACACCUGGUGAGCGAGGACGACCUGUUGAAAGACCAGAGAGGAAGUCCAGCCUACAUCAGCCCUGAUGUACUAAGCGGUCGACCGUACCGUGGUAAACCCAGUGACAUGUGGGCUCUUGGCGUUGUUCUGUUCACCAUGCUGUAUGGCCAGUUCCCCUUUUACGACAGCAUACCUCAAGAACUUUUUCGUAAAAUCAAGGCUGCAGAGUACUCCAUCCCAGAGGACGGUCGUGUGUCAGAGAACACAGUGUGCCUCAUCCGAAAGCUGCUUGUUUUGGACCCUCAGCAGAGGCUGACUGCAGGAGAAGUGCUGGAGUCGCUCAGUGCCAUCAUUGCCUCAUGGCAGUCUGUUUCAUCAAUGAGUGGCCCUCUGCAGGUUGUUCCAGAUAUUGACGAUCAGGUCAAUCAACCAGAGCAUUUGCAAGAGGCUAAGGUAAUUGAAGAGUCUUCACAGUACGAGUUUGAGAACUACAUGCGCCAGCAGCUGCUGCUGGCUGAAGAGAAGAACACUAUCCAUGAAACCAAGAGCUUUCUCACCAAGCGCCAGUUUGGCAGCAUCCCACCUGUAAGGCGUUUGGGCCAUGAUGCCCAACCCGUCAGCCCGCUCGAUGCUGCCAUCCUAGCUCAGCAUUUUCUUCGGAAAUAGCGCCCAAGCCACCCACUCCAGGCUCCCUGGUCUCCUCAGGAAGUAAACCAGAGAAGACUAAGAAGGGGAAGCCACAAAACGGAACUGGCAUACAGGAGGACCUGUCUGAGCAGAUAAACAGACAACCCUCAAUGCAGGUUUUGGCAAGCCAGGUGAAGCAGACAUAAAAUGGGCACCAGAACAAAUUGCCAACUCAGAGCUUCACGUCCCCUGUGUGGAUUCACUCUGAAAUAUGGAGGGGCCUGGAGGACACUCUGAACCAAUGGUUCCUCAUCUUCUGGUUGCCCAGAAGUCAGAUCUCACUGUGCAACAAGCCUGAUAGCACAGUCACAGAAGGUUCUGCCAGUAGUGUUGAAGAAACUAUUAACCCUAAUGCUCCUCCUUUCACAUCUCCCUAGUGUAACACUUUGCCCUCAAUUCUGGGUCCCCCGAGCAAUACAGGUCCAGAAUUAUGUAGCAACCCCUUCCCUUCAUAGUGGUUCAAGAUAUUGCUUCGAGUCCAGUCACUUGAUCACAGAUGUCACUUCUGUAUACCUCCAUUCCACCUUCCUACUCUCACUCCUUCCUCUUCCUCUGUAUUGAAAUGAUCCUCAUCCUGUCCAAAACUCUGGCUUCAAAUCAAUCUACCUCUUUGUCUCUCUUCUCUGUUGGUAAACCAUGCUCACUGUUCUGAGACAAGGGAUUGUAACAAUGGAGUCUUGAUGCUACCAGUGACAUAAAGCAUUAAUGUUUUCUGUCAGAGUGAAAAUAUUUGAAACCUUUUUCCUGGUUUCUAAAGAUCUGAAUAAGCUUUUUAUAAUUUACCUGAAUAAGUAGCAUUUUAUCCCUAUAGUUGCUGAAGAGAGAACUGAAUAUCAAAGUGCAUGUGCACACAUCCUUUGAUAUUUACAGAAUGCAUUGUCUCCUGCUUUUACUCAUCCCUGUGGAAAUCUAUUUUUAACAUCUAGGCAGCUAGUGUGAGAUACCUGGAAGUCACAAUGCCAAGAACUGAAUGGGUAAAACUGUUGGAUCCUCCAUGCCAAGGCGUAUACAUGGUGACUCUUCCUCAGUGCUGCUGUAAUGAUGAUCAGGCACUGGUAUGUUUCUGUUGCCAAAAAAAUCCUGUCUUAAAUUACUCUUAGCCAAGGAAACUGGUACUCACAGGCUCAUUCAGAAUUAAAUGGCUUCCAGGUAGCUUCCCUGUUCCUUCUACACAGAUAGAUCAUGGGACAAGUGUUUCUCAGUAUGAAUGUGAAGCAUCAUUCUACACUUCGAUACAUCUGCAGUAUCUAUGAGUGUGCAUGUUUUGUGUGUGUGUGUGUGUGUGUGUGUGUGUGUGUGUGUGUGUGUGUUUAGGCCUGGCGAAAUAAGAGUCUGCGGAGCUGUCGAGCUUUUUACCCUCUUGACACUCUGACCUUUUUAAGCUAUCCUUCAGUAAUCAUCAUGUUCUGUUACCUGGCCUGCCUCAGUGGCAGACACUGUGAAAACCAGUGCAGGCUCUGCUUAGAUGGAGCUUUGGCUGAAUGUUUUUUUUGUUUUGUUUUGUUUUCUUUUGUUUUCUUUUCUUUUUGUAAUGGUAUGAAUGCUUUAAGAUUGGAAAUUAUCACAUAUCUGUUGCCACUCUUAAGUCCUCUCUCAAGCGCAUCUUGUACAUGCUUGUUUUAACUUACUUUGUAGGCUCUUUGAGACCAACAGGUGGCUGAUAAUCGAUACUGUAAUAUUUCAUAGUUAAAUUAAAAUACAAAGUCACAGAUUCAUAAGUUUACCUUCUGGGUUUGCUCUGCAUUUUUGGUGCAUUCUUCUUUUAUGAUCGUAAAUCUUUAAACCAUGGCAAUGCUACUAACCAGUGACUGUUAAGCAUUUGUACAAUGCAUCCUGCCUUCGCGUAUUGGUAUCUGCUUUAGGCUCCCUAAACUUCUUUCUAUUUAUAUUCUGAUUGCAUGAACAUAGCCUCUGGAAAAUUUUCAAAUGUCUUCUACUUGUUGUUUUUUUCUUUGUAAUUUCAUGAUAAGUUAUUUAUUCACUUGUGUAGACCUUUUCCCCCCUAAACCCCUAGGGCUUGUAUCACAGUCAUUGAUUGUAGAAAGUCAAAAUGUUUCCUUAAGUUAGUUUGAGAUGUGGUGUACUUUAUGCCGGUUAAAGAGGCCCCAUAUCUCUUUGCUCUCUCAGCUUUAAAAUGUUCAGUGAUUCUACUGAAGUCUUUUUUUUUUCAAAAUCAUGAAAGAGUAGCAUUUUUUUCUUCUUAGGAUUAUUGAAUCAUUUUCUUAACUAUUUUGCCACAAAGAUUGUGGACACCCUAAGCUACACUAAUAUUGAGACUGACUUUUGCAUAGAUGUAUUUUUUAAAAGAAAACAAAAUUAUUCUUAUGUUAUCAUGAUUGAUGGGAGGGGGUUUUGUAGUGUAUUUUUUCUGUCAUUGCCCCCAAAUUGCCACACAAGGCAGCACACUCUGGUCAGUAUGUAAAUAAUGUACAUCAUGACUUUGCCAGUCAUAUUGUAUGUACAGUAGUUCUACCCAGUGACUUACCAACUCUUGUUUCAACACAUGCUGAUUGACGUGUACUUCAGGCCAUGUUGGCCAUCCACCACCGCAUCUGGAGGUUAAAAUAAUAUGUAAAGAGAGCUGUUGGCUUUCUCCCACCUCAAUGUGAAUUCCAUGGGUAUACAGCAGUAUUGUAGUAGUCUAGACUGUUCUUCAGAAAAGGAUGUCUUCUGAACUCUGUAGCUUGUGUGCUGACAUUAAGUGACCAUCUGUGGGAAGUGUCUAACGUCAUCUUCCACAAGACACAGUUACAGAUUACUAACUGGAGAUAGAUGUUAUUUGUGUCCCCCCCCCCCCCCCCAAUCAAACAGUAUUUCACUUUCCAGCAUGUGGAUUGUACCACAUUUCAUGUUGAGUUUACAGAGUCAUAUUGAUAGUCUGCAUUGUGGACAGAAAAGCAUGGUAAUAGUUUGAAGUUUAACUCUGUAGAAAUCUGUUGCAUGACUUUAAACUUGCAAGGUGUCCCAGAGAGCAACUGGAAUCUAAAAAAGAAAAUGAAAUAAAAAAAAAAUUAUCAAAAUGACUAGAAAAGAAAGAAUAAAGAAUAAUCUACCCCAACUAGAUUAAUAGU